GAUUGGGGUUUGUAACACCGGUUAGACCCUAAACCCUUUCGUGACUUUAUUAUCGUCGUCUCUCUCUCUCUGCGCCGCGUUCUCUUCUCUAUCGAUUAAGCAAAAUCGACCCUCUUCGAUUUUUAUUUUCAUCUCUGAGCAAUAAUAUCGUACUUUCGUCUUUCUUCCAAGGCCAAAGUAUGGAACUUUCUGAUCUAAACAAUGGGAAGACCAACAAACCAAAGCAACCUCCAAAACGUUUCAUCAAGAACCAAAUCCCUGAAUCAAUCCUUGGUGAUGCAUCCCUCAACGCUGCUAUCUCAAUCCUUCCUUCAAUUUACCAGUUUGAGGUCCAUAAAUGUGUUUGGCGUAUCAAAUCAUCAAACGCUAAACGCAUAGCUCUGCAGCUUCCAGAGGGUCUUCUUAUGUAUGCUCUCACACUCUCUGACAUCUUCACAUCUUUUGCUGGAGCUUCUCAUUGUUUUGUCCUCGGUGAUGUUACUUAUGGAGCUUGUUGUGUUGAUGAUUUCUCUGCCUGUGCUCUUGGUGCUGACUUGCUUAUUCACUAUGGACAUAGUUGUCUUGUCCCUAUUGACUCUACAAAAAUCCCUUGCCUUUAUGUCUUUGUUGAGAUCCAGAUUGAUGUCAAAUGUCUGUUGAACACUAUCCACAUGAAUCUCGCGAGUGAUGCCAAGAACAUCAUUCUCGCAGGUACGAUUCAGUUUACUUCGGCGAUUAGAGCUGUGAAACCAGAGUUAGAGAAGCAAGGGUUUAAUGUUAUGAUCCCUCAGUCAAAGCCUCUUUCGGCUGGUGAAGUCCUUGGCUGUACAGCUCCCAAGAUUAAGACGGUUGAGGAUGGUAAAGACCAAGUACUGGUGUUUGUAGCUGACGGGAGAUUUCAUCUAGAAGCAUUCAUGAUUGCCAAUCCGAAAAUCAAGGCGUUUAGGUAUGAUCCAUAUCUUGGCAAGCUGUUUUUAGAGGAGUAUGAUCACAAGGGAAUGAGGGAGACGAGAAGGAGAGCGAUUGCAAGGGCCAGGGAUGCUAAAACUUGGGGGAUCGUGUUGGGGACAUUGGGAAGGCAAGGAAAUCCUAUGAUUCUCGAGAGAUUAGAGAAGAAAAUGGUGGAGAAAGGGAUAGAUAGCACGGUUGUUUUAAUGUCGGAACUUAGCCCCACUAGAGUGGCAUUGUUUGAAGACUCGGUGGAUGCUUGGGUCCAAAUAGCAUGCCCAAGACUUUCUAUUGAUUGGGGUGAAGCGUUUCUUAAGCCGCUUCUGACAACUUUUGAGGCUGAGAUUGCUCUAGGAUUCAUCCGGGGUUGGUGGGAGAAUGGUUCUUCGAGUAGAGUAGAAUCUUCGUCUGGCUGUUGCAAAGAGGACAAAGAAAGAAGCUGUGCGUGUAAAAAUGAAAAGGUGGAAGAUGAUAAGAAAGACAAUGAUGGGGCACUCGAUGGAGACUAUCCAAUGGAUUAUUAUGCACAAGAAGGCGGAGAAUGGAACUCUUCAUAUCUCAAGAAGUCAUCUCGUCCCAUUCGAAGAAACUCUUUACCUUCUUCUGUAGUUUAGAAUGCUGACAGAGGAAAUCCACAGCAUAUAUAUUACCAAGUCAAAAAGGCAAAUGGGUUUUGAUGAUGUUCCUGGUAUUUUCGGAUAUGUGUUGAUUUGCUUGUAUCGUAAUCUUGAUGCUGAAGAAUGUUAGUUACUUGGGGAGGUCUUGAAGUGAAACCGUGGACUGUUCAUGAGAAUUGGACAGAACAUGAAGGCUUGAAGAGUGAAGACUCAUGCUCAGUUUUGAUACAAGCGGGGAGGAUUAAAACGGCUGUUUGCAGAGAAGCUACAACACUUGUUUACUUUUGUCUUCUCUAUUUAUGGGAGGUUACAACGGAAUGGUGAGUGAAGUGAAAAACAGAGCCCUGUUUAUGUGAUGAUGUUUGCUGCAUAUUGGACCCGGUUUUGAAGUUUUGUUGGAUCGGGUCUCAUUAUCAUAGUACAAAUCGAUUAAACAUUUUAAACUCAUUAAUUCAAUCAUAGUAGUACAAAGCAAAAGUGAACUGUUU